AUGGAUGGCAAGAAUCGUGACCAAUGGCUUACAGCCAUGACUGAAGAGCUAGAUGAAUUAAAUUCGAACGACGUGUGGAAGAUAGUCAUGUUUCCAAGAGGCGCGCACGUCCUGCACAACAAGUGGGUAUACAAGACGAAGACGGAUGCGAAUGGUGUUAUUGAACGAUACAAGGCUCGUUUAGUUGUAUGCGGAAACGAACAAGUUUUCGGCGUCGACUACAAUCUGACUUUGCGACGGUCAGAGAUUUAG